UGACUUUAUAUGUAGUACAAGAUGAGGAAGCGUCGGUCUUGUUUACAUCGGUACGAACACAGGACGAUUGAUGACCGGUCCGGCACACUGACUGCUGAUCUGUAGCUCUCACCACUACUAACCUGUCAGAACUAAGAGAGGGCAGCAGUUGCUUUGUCUUCCAACCUAGAGUCAGCAGGACCGGAUCUGGGGGAAAACGACCACGUAUCCAAGCCUCUUCCUUAAUAUGAGGUGCGAGACUGGAGCCUGAGGGUGAAAAACAGGAUCAGUAAGAAGAUCGAUCGCUGUUCAUUCAGUAUGGCAGCUCUCUGAGAUGAGCUCUGUCUGAGAUGACGGGGCUUCAGUUCAUCUGAUCGGAAGAUGUUGUUUGUCUGUAGGCAGACUAAGAGAACUGGCGGUGGAUUAUCUUGGCUGUCCGUUUAAGGUGAGGCUCUCUGUGUGUUAUGAUAUGGCAUACCUGGUUCACACGGCUCACCCUCAGUUCGUCAGCCUGUGGUUGAGCGCCGUGGGUUGGGUCCUUACUGCGGUGACCCUUGGACUCAUCCAGUGGAGGGUCUGGCAGGUGGCCGACUUGACCUUCAUCACCUCAGGAGUGGCCUGGGUCGGAAUCUGGAGGGUGUGUUUCUAUAGCCAUACCCUCGUGACCUCGGGGUUCAGGGUCAUGUAUUGUCAGAAUAUGGCGCUGUCGGACACCUUCACGCCCCCGGAGGUCGCCACGGCCCAGGUGCUCACUCUAAUAGGGUUGGUUGUGGGGUUCUGUGGAAACGCUGCCGCCGUCUACGCCCUCAGGAACGUCUAUUUUGGCCUGGAGAAGCAGACGCCUAUCCGCUGUGCGUUCGCAGUGGCUGGUACUCUGUGCUUGUUGUCUGCUGUGUGUUUUCUCAUACCUCUCCUGUGGAACCUGAACUCGGUGGUGACCAAUCAGACGAUUGCGUUCCCGUCGAACUUCCACAUGCCCCCUGCACCUGUGACCCAGAACGCGGGGGCAGGUAUCGGAGUCGGGAUCGUAGGGUCGUUCAUGAUGAUCGUCAGUGGAGUUAUCUUCAUCUUCUACAGGUUCCCUGUCAAGGUAGGACCCAGAGUGGAGCCGCCUUGUCCAGAGGCGAGACACUUUGAUGGGUCAAGUGUUGGGACAUUAUCCCUACCCUGUCCCACAGACCCAGGAGACAGUCUGAAUAACUCUCAGGCCAUGGACAAUCCUGCCUUCCGCUCUGAUGAGCACUUGUGAUUUUAGUUUGUUUCUGAAAUCAGACAUGAUUUGACCAUAUUCAAUGUUGUAUAUCAUGUGACAUAAAGGAAUAGCCGUUUGAUGCAACUAUAUGUUUCUUGUGAGAACCCCCCCCACGAGCUCCGAACAAGUGACAUCAAUAAGGUAUCAUAGCUUUCACCUUUGAUUCACCUCGUCUGUCAUGGAAAGAGCAGGAGUUCUUAGUGUUUUGUAUACUCUGUGUACACCCAUUUUUGUUUCUUGAAGAAUAUAACUUAGAAAUGCGUCAUGAGUUUGACUGUUAUACCCAUCAGAACCCCAACUAUAAGCUUGUUUAACUCCACUUGUUUAACUAAUUGUAAGCAAAAACUGUAUAGCGUCAAUGUGUUUAAAACUAUAAUUUUGUUACCCUGGAUGGUCAGUCCUCGUAUCCAUACUUCUGUCUAUGGAUUUGAGAAUGCAUAAGUUUCUCCAGCCCGUCCCUCCAGCUGUUUACCAAAACGGUGGUGGGGUACCCACUUUGCUAUUGUUUGAACUGCAGAUUGCCUUGCCCUUUAAAAUAUGUCAGACUAUGUGAUCCUACAUUGAUUCGUAACAUUCUUAUACCGAAUGAUUGUGCUGUAGUUGAUAUCAGAAAAGCACCUUCAUUUAAUAGUCAAGAGUAUUUCACAGUGUGUUUGUGUUGUAUUGAGUUAAUACUGCUACUGUAGAGAAGCAGUAAAUUGGAGGGUACACAAAGACACACGCUUUCUCUUUUGAGGACAUGCUUGCAACACAGCUCUCUAGUCAUUGCUUUGCAAUAACUCCAAAGGGAGUUUAAAAAACUGAUUACAUUAAAUGUUUUACAUUUCAUACCUGUAUUGCUGAUGCCAUUGAAUGUAUUUCUCUGUAAAUUAUGCAGAAUUUGUACCGUUUCUGUUUUUAUUUGAUCAUAUUCUAAAUGUUCUAAAUCGUCAACUUUUAAGGGCUCUUGACAUCCAGGAACAAUAUUAUACACAUGCACAAUUCAAUCAGAAAUAGUUGUGAUAAAUCAUGUGAUUUAAAAGAGACCAUGUUUGAAUCAAUACAAUUUUAUCACACACUAUUUGUUUUGAUGUGGAGGAGCAACAGGAUUGUUCCCCGGUCUGGUUUUAGACAGCCCGGCAAGGACCUCAAUUAUCCUCUAUCCCUGACUGCCUUGCAGUCUGCACUCUGUAGAGCUCCCCCACUGACGGUGGGUAGUUACUGGCUUUGUCCCAAAUGGCACCCUAUUCCCUAUAUAGUGCACUACUUUUGACCAGAGACCAAAUGUAGUGCACUAUAAAAGGAAAAGGGUGCAAUUAGGAACACACACACUGUCUGCCCCUAUUAGACCACAUUGUUUCCUGGUAACGAGGCUUCCGUUAGAGGCCGUAAGGUGUUAUCGUGUUCAAGUCAAAUAUUGGCUCUGGCAGAAAGGUGUUUUGACAGUCUCAGUCCCACAAAAUCAUAUCAUCCAUUUGAUUGUGCUACAGAAGAGGAAGGGAUUUGAUUUUUUUUUUCUUUUCAAAUGUGUUCAUUCAUUGCUCUUUUUUGAGGAUGUUAAAGAUUUUUAUUCAGUUUUUAAAAAAACUUGCUUUGAUAAAUGUAAGUAAUGUCCUUGUUAACUAUGUUCCCAAAAUGAAGACUCCAGUGGCCAAGAAGAAGUGAUGUGUAUUGUGGAGCCUCUAAUUCUCAUUUGGGCCCCGUUCAUGUGAACAGUGCAGGGGAGGAGGCUGAGACUGGCUGUGGCAGGGCAUAUGAGUCCUUGACCAGACCUCUCAAAGCCGGAGUAAGGACAAUCACAGUGGGGAUUGUUACUCUGGCUGAAAGUCCGAACAGUCAGAUCCUGUGGACAGCACACUGUGUUGGGAGGGAACAAAAUAGAUUUUUCCGUCAGGGGUCAACACUUUUUUUUUUUUUUUUUUUUUUUUGGUUUGCAGAGGAACUCAAUUCAUUUAGAGGAUUGGUUGUGGUCUGGCUAAUGGAUGCAGAUGACUUUAUAGUGGGCAGGACACACUCUCAUCAUGGGCAGAAUGAGGAUAUUAAAGGACCUGACUGUGGGUUUAGUCUCCAGUCCAGGGCUCUCCAACCCUGUUCCUGGAGAGCCACCCUCCUGUAGGUUUUUGCUCCAACCCCAGCUGUAAUUAACCUGGUUCAGCUUAACAACCGGCUAAUUAUUAUAAUCAGGUGCGCUAGAUUAGGGUUGGAGUGAAAACCUACGGGACAGUAGCUGUCCAGGGACAGGGUUAACUUAGAGAGCCCUGGUCUAGUCUAUAGUUAGCAUAGCGUUACUACAGCAUAACUACGUGGCAUAGUGCUUUUGGCUGACGUAAAUCUCAGACAUUAAGGUAGAAGGUUGAAAGGUGAUGACAGGUUUAUUGUUUUGUAGAUGUUGUGUAACAUGUUCUGAUUCCCCACCGUUGUGUCACCACUCGCCCUGGCAUUGAAGUUCUUAGUUAUUGUCCCCAGGGCAUUGACUUCAUUGUGUCACCACCUCCUUAUUGCCUUCGGCAUAAUGUUUCAGGGGGGGAAAUAUUGCAUUUUUUACAUUUGUAUUUUAUUUGAACUUAUUUAACCAGGUUGGCCAGUUGAGAACGAGUUCUCGUUUACAACUGCGACCUAGUCAAGAUAAAGCAAAGCAGUGUGACACAGACAACGGGGCGGGAGGUAGCCUAGUGGUUAGAGUUACACAUGGAAUAAACAAGUGUACAGCCAAUGACGCAAUAGAAAAGUCUAUAUACAGUGUGUGCAAAUGAAGUAAGAUUAGGGAGGUAAGGCAAUAAAUAGGCCAUAGUGGUGAAAUAAUUGCAAUUUACACUGGAGUGAUGUGCAGAAGAUGAAUGUGCAAGUAGAGAUACUGGGGUGCAAAGGAGCAAAAAUAAUAAUAUGAGGUAGUUGGAUGGGCUAUUUACAGAUGGGCUAUAUACAGGUGCAGUGAUCUGUAAGCUGCUCUGACAGCUGGUGCUUAAAGUUAGUGAGGGAGAUAUGAGUCUCCAGCUUCAGUGAUUUUUGCAGUUUGUUCCAGUCAUUGGCAGCAGAGAACUGGAAGGAAAGGUGGCCAAAUGAGGAAUUGGCUUUGGAGGUGACCAGUGAAAUAUACCUGCUGGAGCGCGUGCUAUGGGUGGGUGUUGCUAUGGUGACCAGUGAGCUGAGAUAAGGCGGAGCUUUACCUAGCAAAGUCUUAUAAAUGACCUGGAGCCAGUGGGUUUGGCGACGAGUAUGAAGUGAGGGCCAGCCAAUGAGAGCAUACAGGUCGCAGUGGUGGGUAGUAUAUGGGGCUUUGGUGAUAAAACGAAUGACACUGUGAUAGACUGCAUCCAAUUUGCUGAGUAGAGUGUUGGAGGCUAUUGUGUAAAUGACUUCGCCGAAGUCCAGGAUCGGUUGGAUAGUCAGUUUACGAGGGUAUGUUUGGCAGCAUGAGUGAAGGAUUCUUUGUUGCGAAAUAGGAUGUAAGACUGUACAUCCAGUACAAUUAUUUUUGUAAAUGAGUCUGUAAAGUUGUUACAGUAAAGUUGAUAGUGAAGGAAUAGAUCGAUGCAACUCAUUGAACUUCAUUGAUCCAGACCCAAAUCCUCAACCUAACCUGUCCUUAACCCGUAACCCAAACCCUAAUCGUCAAUAGUGAUAACCCUAACCACACUGACCCUAAUCAUUAACCACCAAGCGAUAGACAUAUCCCACCAUGCAUUUCACAAUCUGCUGAGAAAGGAGCAUAACUUUAUCAGCACUGUACAACAGAGCUGUUGUGGUUUUCUGUGACUGUGAGAUUGAGGUAGGAUAGAAUGGUUUCGAAUGUUCCCUUUCAUUGUGUUUCAAAGUGACAUGUGACAAUAGAGCCGUUUAACAUAUAGUGGUUGGCUUCAUGUGUUUCUCUGAUGCAGGACCAACCACUGUCUAUGAUAGAUCAAGCGAUUAACAUAGGAAACUAUAAUGACUUCCAUUGUGAGGGGACAACAAUGGGAUCUUUCAGAUGACAACUUGGACACAGGAGGCGGUGGGGAGCAAAUCGAGCAUUUCAAAGUCCAGGCGGGUUCUCGUAAUGUGAAGACCUGAGAGGAACUGUAGCAGAGCACACUCAGAAGCAAGUUUGUGUCCCAAAUGGUGCCCUAUUCCCUAAAUAGUGCAGUACUUUUAACCAGCUCCCUAUGGGUCCUGGUCAAAAUUAAUGCACUGCAUGGGGAACAUGGUCUCAUUUGGAGAUGAAAUUAUAACAUUGAAAUAGACAGUGUUUUAUGGCUGUUGUUUCUGCUUGGCCAUGUAGGGAACCCUUGAGAAAGAGAUUAAUUUCCAAUGGGACUCACCUGACUAAAUAAAUAAAGGAGAAAUUAUAUAAAAAAAUGAAGUAUAAGAACCUGACCUGCCUGAGCAAGCUUGUGUGUAAUGGGCGAUGUCCAGGACAUCUGACAUUCCUCACAUUACGUAUCAUUAUUCUGAUGUUCAUUAACUACAGCUUAGCCCAGGAGCCAAGACCGAAAUCAGCGGGAAUUAGACUUAAGCUCCGUUUCCACUGGACUUGGUCUGUCAUCUCACCUUACUUAAAAUCACUUCCUCAUUGUUGUCUAGCAACAGUUUGCGCUUAUGUAACACAAGCAAGUGGUUUGUGAGCUUAGGAAUGAAUCAUGGUCAGGUUUUUGUCAGGUUUUUUUCUUUAUUUGAUAAUAUCAACUUUUUUUAUGUACACUAUGGAUAUAACUGAUAUAGGAUAUGUUGCCCUGUGGCACGAUAAUGUCUGAUCAAUUCAGAGUCAGAAAACCACGACAGAGGAAUAUACAAGAUAAUGUAUAUUGAUAUAUAUAUAUAUAUCUGAUAUAAUGUAUGUGGUAAAUCUGUAAUAUUGGCCUCUAACUAGAGAGAAUGUAUAGUGGAAAUUUCAGCAGAAAUGAAACAAAUACAAUCAGA